UAAACCAGCCACAUCUGUUGUGCUGUACAACUGAGAACUUAUAGAAGCUAUGCAGAAGAAGACGCUUCACCAGGUUGACAACACGAUCUCUUAAGCUCUAAAGUCCUGUUUUAUGCCCUGAUCUCAGCUGUACUCUUCCUUCCUCUGGAUGCUGAUUGAAAUACUGAGACCACAACAACGGCAGGUUUUCAGCUGUGGACAAGUUCAACCUCAGAGAGCGCCGUGGCUCAGGACUUUUUUUGGCCUUAUAUGUACCGUGUUUUUGGAAUCGGGGCUUUUUUCAUUGCAGUGAUAACCAUAUGUGUUAUAUCACAGACAGCACUUAAAGGAAGAUGCAGGAAGAAAGCUGAUCCCCAGUCUUCUGAUCAAAUCUAUGAAAAUGUUAAUCUCUGAUGCCGAUGUGCUAAGAUUAAUUAAUAAUAUCAGUGCUAUUGCAAUAUUGCCAUUGCAACCUAUCUUACCUUUAAUAGAAACACAUUAGCUGAAAAAUUAAAUGUAAAUUUAUUUUUCUGUUAAUUCUGCAUGAAAAUAAAAUGUGGCUGCUGCAGGGAAAAAAGUGCUCUGUGAUUUCUGCACCAUGUGAACCUGAAUUCUGCAGAUGCAACGUCACAGUAAAACCUACCAGCACCUUACACUGUGAUCAGGUAUGAACUGUUAAAUCUGUAGCAAAAGAUCAGCCUCUGUUGUCAUGUUCCUGCUGCUGAAGAAGACUGUAAAACGACCUGCAGUCAAGUUAACUUACUUGAUUAAAAUAUACUUUGAGUGAGUUAGCAUGUUUGAAAGGCAGGUGGAAACCGACAUGCAAAAACCUCUGCAGUCAUUGUGGCGUGAAGAAGACAGAGGUACAAUGACAGAAUACAGAGAGUGAGAGCCUUCUGUGUUCAUGUUAACAAGACUGUCAGAAAUAAAAAUAGUAGAGAUAUCAUCUCUCCAGGAAUGCCAUAUUGCAGCUGAAAAAUUAUAAUUCUAGCGCACCAUCACUUUAUGGGACAUUUUAUUAUUACUAUUAUCUCCAGCUCCAUGACAUUAAACUUCAUCUUUAUAUUACGGCCACUUUGCCCUCCCAAACUGUCCAUGAUGACAUUUAGAAGCACAUGCAAACUUCUCAUUUAAAUAGAGCGGUCUGUACCACUUUGAACUUGUUAUUUGCCCAAGCAAUCUUAGCUAAUUCCCUGCAACACACCCACUAACUGCAUGUACAAUUUAGCUGCCGUUAUGUAGGAUCUAAAUAUACCAGGCCCUAAGUCUAUUAGCAGUUACAGGAAGAUCUGUGGUGAAGACAUCUAGACAAAGACCCCAUAAUAGUAAACAGGAAGUAAACCAGCCACAUCUGUUGUGCUGUACAACUGAGAACUUAUAGAAGCUAUACAGAAGAAGACGCUUCACCAGGUUGACAACAUGAUCUCUUACAGCUCUAAAGUCCUGUUUUAUGCCCUGAUCUCAGCUGUACUCUUCCUUCCUCUGGAUGCUGAUUAUGAAGACUGCACAACAGAACUACUAGUUCGCCGGAACACAAUUUAUGAAGUGUUUCCUGGACAACAACUCAGGAUCGAUUGCCCAGUUGUGUUCUGCAACUUUCCACCACCACCAGUCUCUUGGUAUAAAAUGGAGGAAAAAUUUGUUCGCCUCCAUGUCAACAAUAAAAAUCACAUCACAGUAGGAUGGGAAAUAUGGAAUUCAUCGAGAGGGAAAUCCUACUUGCUCUUUAAAAACGUUGUCAAAAGUGACUCAGGUAUUUAUCAGUGUGAAACUGGAGGAAAUGUUGGUCAUGCCAUCAACAUCACUGUUAAUGGAAAUACUGAGACCACAACAACGGCAGGUUUUCAGCUGUGGACAAGUUCAACCUCAAAGAGCGCCGUGGCUCAGGACAUUUUUUGGCCUUAUAUGUACUGUCUUUUUGGAAUCGGGGCUUUUUUCAUUGCAGUGAUAACCAUACGUGUUAUAUCACAGACAGCACUUAAAGGAAGAUGCAGGAAGAAAGCUGAUCCCCAGUCUUCUGAUCAAAUCUAUGAAAAUGUUAAUCUCUGAUGCCGAUGUGCUAAGAUCAAUUAAUAAUAUCAGUGCUAUUGCAAUAUUGCCAUUGCAACCUAUCUUACCUUUAAUAGAAACAUAUUAGAUGAAAAAUUAAAUGUAAAUUCAUUUUUCUGUUAAUUCUGCAUGAAAAUAAAAUGUGGCUGCUGCAGGGAAAAAAGUGCUCUGUGAUUUCUGCACCAUGUGAACCUGAAUUCUGCAGAUGCAACGUCACAGUAAAACCUACCAGCACCUUACACUGUGAUCAGGUAUGAACUGUUAAAUCUGUAGCAAAAGAUCAGCCUCUGUUGUCAUGUUCCUGCUGCUGAAGAAGACUGUAAAACGACCUGCAGUCUGGUGGUUCUGACUCUGACGGGAACUAGAUUAGGUUUUCAUUCAUGGUGCAGGAAGGUGCAGGAACACAGCAAAUCUGUGUCACCAACCAAAUAUUUGUCAAAAUAUUUUUGCUCAUACAUCAAUCUGAUAAAAUAUUGUAAAAUAUUAAUACUACUACAGCUGCGUGCUGCAGAAUAACACUUGCACCAAUGCCAUUGUUGUGAAGUAUUGCUAACUUAGAGUAACAUACAUAUUUUAAUUUAGUUGUAAAAAUAUAUCUACAUAAAUCUGACUCACAUCUUUGCUGUCAGUGUCUUCUGCAGAGUAUGUUUGGUAGAUGUUGUGUAAAUGAUCAAUAGAACACAAGUUACUUUGUUUUGUGCUCUUAAAUGGCUGCAAUUCAAACAGUACUGAUUGCAAAAUGAAAGUGCAUUUGUUUAAUCUGUAGACUGC